AUGGACACGUCCGAUGACGCCCCCAACACUGAGGGGCCACGCAAGAAGCGCGCAAUGGGUCUUGAUGAACCCCAAGACACUACGCUAAGCCCACCCCCCUGCCCCUCUGCUCAGGGACGGUCCAACCCGGAUCCAUGCACUGCGCUACCCCCACCAAGCAAACAAAUGGAUAACAGGUUCGACAUUGUCAGGCUGAUUCGCAAAGCGAGACUUGGCAAUGCAGCGAAGGCAGACGAGACAGAUGAACUCAGGGUGAAUUUGGAUUUCGUUUCCCUCGGCAUGAUAUCAGAAUCGCAACCUCAGAGCAACGCUCCCGAAAACACUGCCAAUAUUGCCCCUAAAAGGCCAGCAGGCCAGAAAAUGAGUGGAGACCACUGUCUCAAGAGCUGGGCACGCCUUGAUUUGAAUCUACUCCGUCUUCCUUACGCGUUAGAUCACGAGAUUGUCAGCUUCUAUGACUGGGCCAAGCCACAGGAAAUUGAGAACAUUGUCCGCUGA